AUGUCUCAGGGUCAACAUGAGGUCGACUUCUGCACUCUGGGAAUGUUCAUCCUAGAUGACAUUGACUUCGGUGGCUCAAGACCUGGAGUUAAGAACAUACUCGGUGGUGCAGCCUCAUUUGCGGUCGUGGGUGCCCGUUUGGUUUCAGGCUCCAAAUAUGCACAAUCCGUGAGCUGGAUCGUAGACGUUGGCUCUGAUUUCCCUCCCGAGACCCUAGAUGUGAUCAAAUCAUGGAACACAGACUGUCUCUUCCGGGAGGAUUUCAGCCGAUUGACUACCAGAGCCUGGAAUGGAUAUCAUCCAAACGAGAAACGAGACUUCAAAUACUUGACCCCCAAGUUGAGACUCGAGCCCGAGAUGCUAUCGGACACUCAGAUGUGGUCCAAGACAUUCCAUAUGGUCUGUUCUGCGUCCCGUUGUAUCUAUAUAGUCGAUUAUAUCUUACAGCGGCGAGAAGAGUUGCAAAAGGCGGGCAAAGCUCCGCCUGCGGUGGAUACUUCCAAGCGUCCCAUCUUUGUCUGGGAGCCAGUUCCUGACCUCUGCACCCCGGAGGAACAGGAGAAGUUCUUCGCUGCAAACCAUGUCGUGGAUGUCGUGAGUCCUAACCACAUGGAAAUCGGCAUGAUGUUUGAUCAGCCCGGUUGGAGCAAGGACAGUGACGAAAGUCAAAAGCUGGUCCACAAGAUUAUAGAUUCCGGCAUUGGUCAUGCUGGAAACGGUCUACUAGUUAUCAGGGCAGGAAAGGAUGGUAGCUACGCUUACUCCAAGACUAGUAAGAUCUGGCUCCCAGCAUAUCACCAACCUGAUGCUUCUGGUGCCACGCCUGUGCUUGACCCCACGGGCGCGGGCAACUCCUUCCUAGGUGCUCUAGCUCAGGGUAUGGUGACUACCGGUCGAGAGCCAUUUCAGGCUAUUGAGUCUGUUCUAUCGCAGUCCGAGACCUGGAAGAAGGCCCUUGACUCUUGGGGCAACUUCCCGCAACACCCCCUGGCACUUAUUUGCGCGACUGUCGCAGCAGGGUUCGUGGUGGAACAAAUUGGUGUGCCACAGAUCGAUGUCGAUGGAAACGAAAGGGAAUUGUGGAAUCAAACUGAAUUCACGGAACGGGUCCGCCUGUACACGCAGCGAUUAUUGAGGACACUUGAGGAGUCUCCUCGGAAACACCUAUUGACCGACUGA